CCUCUGAGCAGCAGUUUGUUGAGUUUGAGUCGCGGGGUGGAGAACCGAAGAUCGACCCGUUUUGUCUUCUGUUUGAGUGAGAUCGAUCCGAGCUGAUCAGACGAGAUCGAUGGAUUAGAGGAGCGGCUGCUGCAGAGACAUGGAUAGUGUGUGUGUGUGGAUGGUGUGUGUGAUGAGUGUGUGUGUUGGGGCUCACAGUUCACUGGACAAAAGUGACCACGACCACUUCGACAACCAAAUUGACCAUCUGGUUUCCAAUGGCAACACAGCAUCAGAUCUGUGUGCGGUCGACCAGCAGCUCUGUCAGGAUGAAAACUCCCUGCUGAGCUUCGAGUCCAUCUGCAGCAUCCACAAACUGAUGGACGACGACGCAGACGGGACUGUGGACGCGGCGGAGACGGACGAGUUUCUCCGGGAGGAUCUGAAGGACCAGGACUCCAAAGCCAAACACAGCAGCUUCCACCGGGCGGACCUGCACAUCAGCGUGGAGGACAUGUGGACGGCCUGGAAGAGCUCUGAAGUGUAUAACUGGACCGUGCAGCAGGUGGAGGACUGGCUGCUCAACAGUGUGGAGCUUCCCCAGUACACAGAAACCUUCAGGAACCACCAGCUGGAUGGGAAGGCCUUACCCAGGCUGGCAGUGAAGAACACCACUCUGACUGUGUCCCUGCUGAAGAUUUUAGACAGGAGUCAUGCUCAGAAACUGCAGCUCAAAGCUCUGGACAUUGUACUGUUUGGACCGCCGCCAGGUCGGCAGAACCGCUGGAAGGAUCUGGUUCUUGGAUUGUCCAUCCUGAUGGCGCUGGGUGGCUGCUGGUUUGCCUAUGCCCAGACCAGGAAGUCCAGGGACAACCUGGGGAAGCUGAUGAAGGACCUGGAAGGUCUGCAGAGAGCCGAACAGAGUCUGCUGGAGCUGCAGGAGAAGCUGCAGAAGGCUCAGGAGGAGCAGCGCUGUGUGCAGGUGGAGAAGGUGAAGGUGGAGGAGGAGCUGAGGAACGAGAUCACCUCGGCCAAACGGGAGGCCCAUCGGCUGCGGGAGCUUCGCGAGGGAACUGAGAACGAGAGGAGCCGGCAGAGAUACGCAGAGGAAGAGUUGGAACAGGUGCGUAUGGUGCUGAAGAAGGCGGAGCGGGAGCUGGAGUUGCGGGCUCGCUGGGCUCCACCGGACUCUCUGCAGAAGUGGCUUCAGCUGACGCACGAGAUUGAAGUUCAGUACUACAACAUGAAGAAACAGAACGCAGAGCGGCAGCUGCUGCAGGCCAGAGAGGGGGCAGAGAAGAUCAAGAAGAAGAGGAGCUCUCUGUUCGGGAACUUUCAUGUGGCUCACAGCUCCUCGCUGGAUGAUGUCGACCACAAGAUCCUCUCUGCCAAACAGGCCCUGGCAGAGGUGACGGCGGCCCUGCGGGAGAAGCUCCACCGCUGGCAGCAGAUCGAGUCUCUGACCGGUUUCUGUUUGGUCAAUAACCCGGGUCUGGGAGCGCUGGCUGCCGCCCUCAACCUGGACCCAUCCUUCCUUGGCCUACGACCUCCGACCCCUCAGCACCUCCUCCUCUCUGAUGACCUUGAUGACAUGGAUGAAGACAUCCUGUCUCCUGGGACGCUGCAGUACGCAGCCUGGCAGAUGGACCGGCGAGUGAGCGACCUCUGGCCUCUGAGUGGCAUCGCAGACACCCAGUCACCAUGGAAACAAUCCGCUCAGAGCCUGAUGCCCCUGCGACAGAGGAUAGGAGACCCCACUCUGACAUUCAGCUCUCAGAGGGACAUCAUGAACCGCUCAGACUCUGACUCCGCCCUCCCUCUCUCUCACACCUCCAAGCCUUUCCUCCUCUCAUCCAGGCUUCAACCCCUGCAGGGUCAGGGCUCCUCGGUCGGAGGAGGAGGAGGAGGUGGCCUGGAGAAGAGCUCCAGCCUCGGGGAGCUGAGGGGCAGCUCUGCCGCGGUCCUCGCCUCCUCCUGCUCCACCCGCUCUCUCUGCAUCACGUCUGAUGUCGUUGACAGCCCGCUCGUCUUCUCGUCCUCCGCCUCGUCCGGCUCGCCGGGCAGCAGUCGAGGGAUGGGUGUCCAGCGCCCAGUCAGUAGGAGCCCUGUGGAGGAGGGUGAAGGUGAGGAGAACGAGUCGUCAGGGAGUCGCCGGAGAAAUGCUUUCAGUAAGAUCUUUAAGAAGAAGCAGGGACGUCACUGAAGCGUCUCUAAACCUCCAAACCCUGACUGAUGAUGAGCUCUAAAUCUUCAUCAUGAUGGAAACAGGCGUUCGCAGGGAUGGUUUUCAUUCGACUAUUUUGGUUUUGAGAAAAGAUGAGAUUUAGUAUGACAGGCGACACCUUGAAAUACGCAGACAAACCUUCAAACCAACGAAGAAGAGAAAGAGGCUGAGGACUGUGAAGACUGAGGACUUGUUCUUCCUCUUUCUUUACAAAAGGAGACAAACGAGGUGUUGAGAUGAUCUAACUGGAUGUAGUUUUAGAAAAGGGAAAUUCAAAAUCAAAACUCUGGGGGAAAGUUAGCAUCUUUAACUCUGACCAUCUUCAUGAGCAAAAGGCUUCUGCACUUCCUGUCACAGAUCGGUACGAUGACAUGUCGCCAAACGUCCGUCCAAUAACUGAGCUACCGAUGAGUCGCAUGACAAAAAAACAGACUAUAGACUUAGGGAAAAUCACCUUCCAUUCAGUUCAGCCUCUGCAGUGACCAGCCAAUCACAGCAAGGGGUUGGGACUCACCUAUCAGUCAGGAAAUCUGAUGUGUUUUAGACCUGCAGGUGAACCAAUCCAAGCAGCAGUAAAAGAAGUGAAGCUGCCUGGUUGAGGUUGAAGUCUCACUGGAGUUAUUGUUUAUUACCAGUUUUUAUUUUUCUACAAAGAAACAGAGAUUUGUGAGAGCUCAGAUAUUUAACUUUUACUCAAACGCUUCGCCGUCGUCAGACACCGAAGGCAGACUGAAUGGAUUUAGAAACAUUUGAAUCAUGAAUGUGGCACAAAUACUCCAAAAUGAGACACUCGUCAGGGCACAGGGAAGUUUCCAGUACUGGACCGGGACCAGGUGGACUGCGGGACACCGAGGACCGGAGGACAGAGAGGCUGCUGGUCUCUGGAGCUCAGCCUCUGAGGGCCAAUCAGCUUCCAGUUUGUUCAUGACUGUGUCAGGUGCAUGAUGGGAAGUCCGCUGAGGACACAUUCACUGCUCACUUUAAUCAGGAUGUUUCUGAUUCAAAUCAUUUUGCUACAACAAUUUGUCUACCAAUUCGUCAGUCCAGAAACCAAGACAGCAGUUUAGAUCUGACUGAUGGUCAAACAAACCAGACAUCUAAAGAAGCAACUUUUGGUCACUGGGGAUUAAAAUGAGGAUGUUUUUCACUGUUUUCCAACAACACAAUAAAUUGAUUAAGUAAAACUGAAACUUAUCCUUAAGUCAGCCCUAAUUUUAUUUUCAGAUGGCUGCUUGUGUUUGAACAGCGUUUGGUUUUUUUUUAUUUCUCAAAAAGUAAUUUUGGUGUCAGAAGGAAAUGUUGAUUUUACAGUAUCCAGUGAGGAAAGAUGAUGCAGACAAACAAACAAACAAACAAAUGACUGCGAUUCCAGCAACUUAUUCUGUCUGAUUAUCAGCUGGAGACAAAAAAAUGAGUCUGCACAGUCUCUCUCUCUCACACACACACACACACACAUACACAGGUGAUGUAUGAAUCUGUGUGUGUGUGUGUGAGGCAGGAUGCUCAGAGGGAUGUGAACUUUAAAUCAACUCAACUCUAUUUACUCUGAACAAAGGUGAGUGUUUAUUUAAAGAAAGUGGCUGUGAGGACGUCCUGUCACAUGCCAUCACCUGAACACGUUCUGUGUGUGUUUAAAUAAAGCGUUGGUGCACACUGGAAA